UGAUAUAAUCCGAAAAGUGCCUAUUUUAAAUAAUUUUAAAUACAAUUAAUUUUCGUUCCUCUAAAGUGCAAUGCAAAUGGCUGAGACUAAUCAAGAUGGCGCUGGCGCCCUGAAAAUUUCGACUGAAGAACCCAAGAAGCCAAAAACUGUUCGUCAUCUGAUCUCUGAGCUGGAAAAGACUGACCCGCCGUCCAUAGAAGAAGUCUCCACACCUUGCGAGAAUGAUAAGGUCAUGUUUGUCUAUCCGCCACCACCGCCUCCACCAACACCAGUACAGGUGCCGCUGCCGUCCAAAGCAGCACUUCCCUUACCGAUGCCGUUAGAUCGCGAAGAGGAUGAAGCUAAUUCGGAGAAAUGGGAAGAUCCCUGUGCCCCGCCGCCGCCACCUCCAAUGCCCUCGAAUGCCUUCCUGUCCAGCGGCUUGGGCUAUCUGAAGCUCACGGCCGUCAAGUUGAAGGAUGCCCUGGAGGAGGCCAUAACCAAGAUAGAGACCAACAAGCGCCAUCAGAAGGUAACCAUCAAACCAUCUCACCAGAUAGAUCAAGUUAAAUGGGAGGCCAUUGAAAUGUUGCCAAGAUGCUCUUGGGACAUGCUGGAUGCCAGAGCAGCUGCCUCGUCAUGCGUGGCUCCCUGCAUGGCUGUGAUGGUGCACCCGAAGAACAAGAAGCCAGCCAUCUUUGUGCAGCUGGAGAGGAUUAUGAAGGUUAACCGCCUGUUGGCCAAGCAAAACAAGACCCAAAUGGCCAUUUCCCAAGAGCCCAUACCGCUGUUUGCCGCCGUUAAGUCGCACCACGAGGAUGAGGGACUGACACUGCAGGUGCUCUCGGCAAGAGCAUCCACACCAUAUACCCAGCCCACGAGCAUGCUGUCGUGUACGGCUGUCAGCUGCGACUUGGAACAUGAUUCGCCGAAGAAACAUCAGAAGGAAGUCGCCCCCCCGCUGGAGCAGCGCCAUUCAGCGCACCAGAAACAUGCUCCUGCAUCAUCGGCCAGCAAACCAGGAAACGUGAAGGCUCACAAAACAACAGUUCGUCGCUCGCCAGUUCCCUUUCGAACCCACUACACGCGCUCCAGCCUGCUGGACAUACGCGGCGAAAUGCUGAAUGCCCUCGCGCAUCGUUCCAAGGAGAUUUUUGCUAUGCCCCGGAUCGCAACCUGCGACGACAUCGAACUGGAGGCUCGCUUGCGGCGUAUGAACCUGUGGCGUACUGCCGCAGAUUCAACUCGAUUCAGGUCUCGCUCGAAUCCCACGACCUUUCACAACACCAAUAACAACCACAACAACAACAAUAAUGAAUGCAUGCCAGCCUUCUAUAAGAACAAGAACAAGCCGCAUCUAAUCAGUGACGAGUCCAUCAUCCAGAGCCAGCCCCCGCAACCCCAAACGGAAUUCCAGGAUCCCGCUAUUGUCAAUCAAAGACGAAUUGGCAGCGGCCGUUUCAACCAUUCCACAAAGUGGCCCUACAGUAGUGCGGACUACCAUCCGUAUAAUAAAACCAAACUCCAUCUGGAUGAAGGAAACUUGAAGCAUCAGAACAGCGGCAACAUGACGGUUUUGCAGUUCUUUGACAACGGCGAAAUUAGUAGCUCGAAGAUGAGCCAGCCGAACGGUCGACCCAAUACCCCGGUAAUGGGUAUGUCCAACAAUCGCUCGGAUAACGAGACCAUGAUGUCCAAUGAGUCCAGCGAAGACCUAAGCCGUGCCAAUGAGAACUAUGUGAAGCGCGUAAUGUCCGGUUUCCUGGUUGUGUCGAAGCCCAAGUCCCGCGAAUCGGAGGAGCGACACCAUCGCCGCUACAGGAACCAAAGCGAGGAGCCGGAAUGGUUCAGCUGUGGCCCAACCUCCAGGCUGGACACCAUCGAGUUGUGCGGCUUUGAUGAGGACGAGGAAAGGAUGCUCAAGGAGGGCCAUCACCAUGCCGAAAUGGACAGGGAAGGGCAAAAGCAUAAGAUGGAUCAGAACAAGUACAAGUGGACCCAUCCAGAUGCCGCCAUUUCACGCAACAAAUUUAUGCCCAAACAUGAUACCAACAACAAUCACAGCAUGGACAACAUGAACAAGGUGAUGAACGCUGAACAGCAUCCGCAUCAGCAUCCACAGAUAUCCAAGGAGGAGAAGCGUUCUGGUGGCGGUAGCGGCCGAUCAUUCCAGUUUGAUAAGUUCAAUCAGAGUUACGAGAACAACAAUUAUAUAAACCAGCAGCAGCAGCCACUUCCACAAAAGCACCAGCCACAGCAGGGAAUGCCAAUGCAGCAGCCACAGCCGCCGUCUUGCGACAGCAACAAUUCUAAAUUCAUGUCAUUCUUUGAACGUGAGAGAAAUGGGUCAUCGUCUUCGUUAAAUGAAUUCUUCAAGCAGGCCAUGACCCAUAACCCGAAUCCACACAAAGAGCAGCAGCCCAAAUCCCUGCCAGGCCACAUGCCCUCGGUGGAACAAUUGGAGGCCAAGUGGCGUCGCAAUUCUCUCACCACAGCUGCUGCUGGUGGGGGGGAAUCUGUCCAUCAGAAUAAUCAGUCUGAUAAUUUCCAAAAGCUAAUUGGCUCGCUCAGUGCCUCGAAAGCAGCCCCACCUCCGCAGCCGGUCACCACUGAUGCUAUUUCCACAUUCAUCAUUCAGCAGCAGGCAUACCAGCAGCAGCAACAGAAACAACACAUGCUCAUACAGCAGCAACAGCAGCAGACCGCCUUUCUGGCCGGCCUCCAGCUGAAGGCGAUCCUCGGCCGUGCUGAUACCCAAUUGCUGUUGCUACGCCUGACCAAAGGGGAAAUUUCCAAGCACGGCUUGCUGGUUCAGUUGGCCAACCCGCGUCUCUGCAACACAGAUCGGGAGGCCAUUACGGCAGUGCUGCAGUUCACCAACACUCAGCAGCAGCAACAGCAGCACCAGCAGCAGCUGGACAUGCUCUCGAGCACGGUGAUUGCCAGCCAGCUGCAAAAUCUCCAUCACCUGACCAUUGUCCAGCAGAGUCUGGCUGCGAGACAGCAGCAGCAGAAGCAACAGCAGCAGCAGCAGUUCCCACAGCAGACUCAACAGCUGUCGCAGGAGGAUCUGCAGGCCCAUGCCAAUCUAAUAAUGAGAAAUGCUGUAAUGAAGCGUAAAAUGGAGGAGCAGUCCUCCAUGCUGAUCAAUGGUGGUGCUGUUGUUGGAGUCAAGAAUCCGGCACAGCAGCAGCAACAGCAAUCUCGUGGCCAGCAGCAGCGUCAGAAUCGUCCGGAUACCUCAGCCAAUGCUUUGCUUCAUGCUCUUAUAUCUGGCAAUGGCAAUGCCAUUGGCAACACUCCCCAGGCCCCAACUGGGAUACCCAACUUGGGAGGUGGACAGCUUCCUCGACGUACCGCUGAUGGAAGUUUCCAAAAUGCUGACUUAACACAGCAGCAGCAGCAGCCCCACUUUCCGACACAGUACAAUAACAAUCCAUAUUAUCUGCAGCAGCCGCCACAAAUUCGCCAACAAAACAACCAGAAAGCACAGAUGAAGGCCCCACAGCCGCCUAUGGCCAUGCCGUUGCCCAGUGGCAUAGAUGAGUUUCAUUAACGGACUCAAGAAGUUCGCCACCACGACCGUGGGUCUGAUGGCCAUCGGC